GCCGAGGUUGAAGAGGAGCUAGCUGAAUAGAUACGUACUUACUAGUAGUGCCGCAUUCUUGAUCCUCUUCAGAGGUAGUUGCCAUAAAGUAGAUAAAAGUAGUGAGAAGCCGCGCUAUCCAAGAGAAUAGGUCGUGGAUUGAAGGUGUAUAGCAAAUUCUUCGUUCACGAACAGGAUCAACAAGAUGCCACAGACCGUGGAGAUUUCGUUUGUGAACCACAACAAACUGGCUCCGAAAGCCAUCGGGAAACGGAUCCACCUCGGAAUAUGGGAGUGUCAGAAUCGAAAUUGACAAAGUCGAAAAAUUUGCGAUGCACAAAAUCGAUGUCAGUUGGAGCCUCAGUUGUCAAGUGGCGCAUGACAAAUUUCGGGAGCACCAAAAUCCAGCUCCUUGUCGUGCUGUUUGGGGAAAGAAGACUGCUCCUGUCAUGCUACUCUGGCAGCACAUUGCAUACCCCUAAACAGGCUUACAAUCGGCCUCAUAUGCCUGCUCCCCAAUACAGGGCUUCAGUGCUCUACAUUUUAUGCAUCACAAGUUUUUCGAUUUUGACGAUUUCGAUUCUGACACAUCCAUACGGAAACCUCGAUCCGGACAUCAAGGCGAUCGAACUAAAGCAGGGCUUGGCGGCGCAGCUGGAAAUUUCGCCGCGCCUCAUCGCGUUGGUGAAGGAUUUUCACAAAUUAGACUCCGAGGACUACAACUGCGGAGCGUACGAAAUCACCGACGAUCUCGAACCGGUUUUCCGGCACACGGAGACGGUUCUCGAAGUAGAUGUUCGUCGACUACAUGUUGAUCUUGCUGUAGAUGGGACCACGAGAACGAGUGGAAACAAAACUUUCGCAAAUCAUGAAACCACUGCUUCCACCACCACCUCCUCCUUCGGUAGCACCUCCAAACCGGGCACGUCUCCGCCCACCGGCCCGACCAACUUUCUCUACUUCCAGGAACCUCCGCCGAGUGCUUCCGGGGAUGCGACAUCUUCAAGAUCGCACCGCCAAGGAGGCGCAAGCGACCAGUUUGCGACACGGCCGGCUGUUGUGUCGUCAACUCCCGAGGCAGGGGUGAAGGUCUUCUCGAAGAAGACCGCGGCAGGAGAGAAAGCUUCGCCAACAACAUCCACUGCAGGAGCAGAAGAUGAACACCUCAUUCAGCCACCGAGCAAUUCGAACUCCCCCGCGAAGCGCGACUCCCGACCGCGGAAUUCCCGACCUUUUGCCUUGUACGACGGCGGUCUACAAGACGAGCUGGGGGACCGGGCGGAUUUCCUAUCGACGACUGCGGAAAAAUGCGGGGAAGAUGCGUGGAGGUCAUCCUCGGCGGAACAUGAUGCUGCGGGUGGUCCUGGUCCUCACGGUGGUGCAUCGUCGGAAGGAAGGGACGGGAAUGGGGUUUCCAGUAAAAACGGGAGCAAGACAUCAAGUUCUGUUGUCACUGGACGAGGUUCCGUCUCCUCGUCUUCUAGCAGCACCUGCAACAGCCUACCCUCUUCCCGGCUGAUGACCCCCCGGCUGCACGAAAAGCAGGCGGCAACAUCCACGGGCGCCGUUGUUGCUCCAGGACUUCAUCAUCUUGCUUCGAAAACAGACAACACCAGAGCCGGUGGUGGUGCGAUGGGCUCAUCAUCCUCAGGUAAGACUUCUAGAAAUAAAUCUGUUGUCGAAGAAGACAAAGUGCCGAGAAUCUGCGUCCUCUUGUCCGAGCACCACAGCGCGAAACGGAUUGUACGGCCGCCGCCGGCGAACAAUUCAUCUUCGGAGGAAAACGAAAAUAAAGCGGAUGAUCUUCACAGCACGAGCAAAGGAAAAGCGCAGCAGUCGAACUCGAAAUCCCCAAGCAACACCUCCGAUCCGCCCGUAGUAGAACCACGCGGAUCUUCUGCAUCCGACCUAGACAUCACGGUGGGGCACAUUCCGAGUGAGAUGGUUCUGGCGGGCCAUGAAGAUCAUCUUUCGGAUCUCGCCGGCGGCGUACCAGAUUUCCGCAAAGCGGUCUACAUCAAUGUGUACCACUAUGGAACUGUCAGGAUUGAAAUUGACAAAGUUGAAAAAUUUGUGAUGCAUAAAACCGAUGCCAGGAGUUCUUGGAUGCCCACUUUGUUUCCAAGCGGCGCAUGACAAAUGUCGACAUCAUACAUCAUAAUCCAGUUUGUCAUGCUGUUUAGCGAAAGAAGGCAUCCUUUGUCAUGCUACUUUAGCAGCUCUAUCCCAAAAGCAAAACAGGCACACAAUCGGCCUCACUUGCAAUCCCUGCAAGACAGUCACUUCGUGUCUUGCAUUUUAUGCAUCACAGAUUAUCUCCACUUUAUCGAUUUCAAUCCUCGACGAAGGAAGAAGUAAGCAUGUAAUUAGCACCUCCGGUUGGUAGAGCGAUCGGCUACCGAGGCACGUCAGGGUGGCGUCGCUACUUCAAUUCAAUUCAAUUCAAUCCUGACACACCCAUAACCACGUCCGGGUCGGGAAUUUCUUCACCUUCGAAACCGUGAAUUCCUUCAUUUUUGACAAGCUGCUCGGCAUGCCCCACGUGGGCGCUUUCCACACCGGCGUGGAGAUCUACGGGGAUGAAUACCAGUACGGCUAUUGUGAGGAGGGGACCGGGAUUUCGCGCGUGCGGCCGCGGACGGAGCGUGACCACGUCUACGCGGAAUCGAUACUGGUUGGGUACACCACUUGGAAACGGGACGACAUCAAGUUUUUUGUCAACAACUGCGACGAGCUGAAGAACAACUGGCAGGGACCGGAUUACGACUUGAAUGCAAAGAAUUGCGUCGAUUUCGCCCGCGACUUUUGCCAGUUGAUUUUAACCACGGACACGCGGCGGAGUCCGCUGGAACACGAAAGUUCUUGUUGGCCGGCGGAGACGAGCUCCUCCUCCCUCCGGUUGAGCUCGGCGGCAGAGCACGUCGUGAACGGGAGAAGAAGCGGGAAGAUGAACGGGGGCACGGAGGUGGCUGAAAAUGGAAAAAUAUAUGGACAACAUGACUAUACAAAUUCUACUACCGAUAAACGAACAUCGUACAACCGCAUCGACGUCGCUUCAUCUUCGCCCUCCCCUCCGCCAAAGCCGUACCACUCCAAUCCUCCGCUACCAUUGCAACUUUCCGCACGCGGACCAUGCAGCUCCAACGCUUGGUCCGCUGCAGCAGGUGGAUCAUCGUCCGCCAGCGAUGGUAGAACCACGCACGCAUCCUCUAUUGCACCGUUGGAGAAUUUAGACAAACUUGUAAAAUUUUUACCGAAGUUAGGAAAUCUAGCGAUCAGCAGUCACUCGCGAAGUUAAGGAAGGAGUAGCAGUUACUUCUCAAAAUGCAGUCAGAUGACGAAGCAGUCUCAACACUAUUGAUUCGCGAUUUUUUACAACACAAGUUUCAGUUGUUUAUUUUGGCAAAAUGAAGUGCUCGUAGCCUUCCUGCUCAUCGUUUUUGUCCUGAACAACGGUUGAUCGUCGAGCAGCAGGCUACUUAAUCGUAUGAUUUGGAACGUCGAAACUGAAAAUUUUUACCACGACAGGUUUCUAUUAGGUGAUAACGGUAACGCAUGAAGAGUUCUAGAAAUAAGCGCUUGAAGGUAUUGGCCGAGAUCGCGACGUAUGACAGCGAUGAUUUGAAGAUUAGGCCGCAGCUCCGCCUGUGGUCAUCGUCAUUAUUCUCGGCAGAAGAAGAAU